UGGUCACAAAAUGAUUUGGCUGCAAUGAAAAAAUCAAAACAAAUGCUGGUGGACUAGAGACUGCCACGUAAGACUACUAAGCGUUAAAACCAAAAUCUAAAAACCCAAUGAAUGAAGAGAUAAAGAUUACUUCACAGAUAACAAACGUUACAAUAUCCCUAUAUAAUCCAAACCUACCUAACCAGUUUUAAUCACUCUCACUCACAAGUUAGUCACCAAAAAAAAAAAAACACAAAAAAGUUUCAAUGGCCGCCUCAACAAUGGCUCUCUCCUCCCCUGCCUUCGCCGGAAAGGCUGUGAACCUUUCCCCCGCGGCAUCAGAAGUCCUUGGAAGCGGCCGUGUGACAAUGAGGAAGACUGUUGCCAAGCCAAAGGGUCCAUCAGGCAGCCCAUGGUACGGAUCUGACCGUGUCAAGUACUUGGGCCCAUUCUCUGGCGAGCCACCGAGCUACCUUACCGGAGAGUUCCCCGGAGACUACGGAUGGGACACCGCCGGACUCUCAGCCGACCCCGAGACAUUCGCAAGGAACCGUGAGCUAGAAGUUAUCCACAGCAGGUGGGCCAUGCUCGGAGCCCUAGGCUGCGUUUUCCCUGAGCUUUUGGCCAGGAACGGAGUCAAGUUCGGAGAGGCCGUUUGGUUCAAGGCCGGUUCACAGAUCUUCAGCGAUGGAGGGCUCGAUUACUUGGGAAACCCUAGCUUAGUCCACGCUCAGAGCAUCUUGGCGAUUUGGGCCACUCAAGUUAUCUUGAUGGGAGCCGUUGAAGGCUACAGAGUCGCAGGAAAUGGGCCAUUGGGAGAGGCCGAGGACUUGCUUUACCCCGGUGGUAGCUUCGACCCAUUGGGUUUGGCUACCGACCCAGAGGCCUUCGCUGAGUUGAAGGUGAAGGAGCUCAAGAACGGAAGAUUGGCUAUGUUCUCUAUGUUUGGAUUCUUCGUUCAAGCCAUUGUCACUGGUAAGGGACCGAUAGAGAACCUUGCUGACCAUUUGGCCGAUCCAGUUACCAACAACGCAUGGGCCUUCGCCACCAACUUUGUUCCCGGAAAGUGAGCCAAGUUUUAUCAGUUUGUAAUUUGCUUUUUUCAAUCUUUUGAAUUCGAGUGAGAGACAGGAGGAGAAAGAGCAGGUUUGUGUUUGUGAUGGAUGGUUUGAGACUUUCAAUGUAAAUUUGCAAGACUUUGUAUGAUUUGUCAUUAAUCAAAUAACUCAUUUUUUCUCUCA